AUGACAGUGGAAAGGCUUCCUGACCGCUCCGCUUCGUCAGCGGUACCAACUCUGAACCCACCGACCUCGACUCCAGCAGUGGCAAAUCCGGAAGCCCGACCCAAGAAAAGACAGCGGGGACGCCCCGACCCAGAGCACGACCGUUCUGUCCCUCCUCCUGCGGACAUUGUACCAUCUGGGGACAUUGCCCCCUUUGGUCGUGGCAUUGGCUGUGCAGAAGAAGACGAUGACUCUGCCACAGAGCAUGGUCUUCCUACUCACCGAUCGUCAUCCUCGGCACCUGCCCCGGCUCCCAUCCCGGGUGGCCUGUUGACCCUCAUCGUGAGCAACAUGGGCAACCGACCUUGGCCGGAGGCAGAUGACAAUGAACUUAUCGGUUACAAGCUUGACACCCGCUCUCGCAACGAGGCCGAAGAUUAG